CUCGGGUUGUUGUGGAAGUGAUAGGAUGUCUGAUUGUUAAUCAGACAUCACUGAAUUAACCAAAGCCUGUUACUCCAUGGCUAGACAUGGAUAGCGUUGUUUAUCAAUCUCUACUCAGAGACAGACGAACAUUGGAAAAUUCAAGUAUAAGACAAGUAGCAAAGAAACGGCUUCCAAUAUUAACAUGGCUCCCAUCUUAUGAUCUACAAACGUUUUCACAGGAUCUUCUGGCUGGAUUUACCGUUGGUCUUACAGAAAUUCCACAAGGUAUUGCGUAUGCAGUCGUUGCAGGUCUUCCUUCUCAAUAUGGGCUCUACGCUGGAUUCAUGGGUUGUUUCAUGUACUUUGUUCUCGGUAGCUGCAAAGACAUUAAUAUUGGACCUACGGCGAUUAUGGCAUUAAUGAUACAGCCCUACGUAACUGCCAUGGGAGUUGCAGGAGGGAUUUUGAUAACAUUCCUGUCCGGUUGUAUUAUCUUCCUAUGUGGACUUUUUAAUUUAGGUUUUAUAGUUGAGUUCUUUUCAUAUCCAGUGAUAGCAGGUUUUACGACAGCGGCAGCUUUAAACAUAGCAUCUUCUCAAAUAAAAUCGCUUUUGGGAAUCGCUGGAAAAUCCGAUACGUUCCUGACUGCUUGGAUAUCUGUUUUUGAAAACAUCAAACAAACGAGAUUGGCAGACUCCUUAAUGGGAUUAUUCACUAUUAUAUUCUUAGUGAUGGCAAAGGAAAUCAGAAGAUUUGGUUCAUUAAAAAGACGAUCCGAUUGGUCAAGAAGAAGAAAUAUCUUUGGAAUAUCUAUUUUUAUGUUUUCAUUGGCAAGUAAUGCCCUUGUAGUCUUAUUUUGUAGUGUACUUGCCUACAUAUAUAAGCAAAAUGGAGAAACACCCUUCAAACUAACAGGUGAAGUCAAAGGAGGACUGCCGUCUUUCGGUUUGCCGCCAUUUAGUACUAACUUUAAUGGUACACAUUUGUCUUUCAAAGAUAUGUUGAAUGAAUAUGGAUCAGUAGUUAUAUUUUGUCCAUUAAUUGCCGUCCUAGAACAUAUUGCCAUCGCCAAGGCUUUUUCGAAGGGUAGAUCUUUAGACGCCACCCAAGAAAUGUUAGCUCUGGGAAUCUGCAACAUCAUGGGCUCGUUAAUUCAAUCAAUGCCUGUAACAGGUUCCUUUACGAGAACAGCAGUAAAUAACGCAUCUGGCGCAAAGACUCCAACAUGUGGGAUCAUUACAGGUAUCAUGGUACUACUCGCUCUCGGAUUUUUGACCUCUACUUUUCAAUACAUUCCAAAGAGUACAUUAGCUGGUGUUAUAAUGGUAGCUAUGUACUAUCUGUGUGAUUUUGCUGCUUUUUCACUGUUGUGGAAAUCAAAAAAACUGGAUCUCAUUCCUCUUACAACAACGUUAGUCUGCUGUCUGCUGAUUAACUUGGAGUACGGCAUUUUAAUUGGAAUCGCCGUAAAUAUUGUAUUCGUACUGUAUUCUUCGGCUCGACCAAAAAUAGAAAUUGAAGAAUUAUCUCCUCAGUAUUAUUUAGUCAAAUUCAAAACUGGAUUGCACUAUACCGCUUCCGAAUAUUUAAGGGAAAAUAUACUACAAAUGUGUAAAACUGCAAAUAGUACCGUCAUUAUUGAUGGUGAAUAUAUUGGCAACGUAGAUGCCACUGUAGCUAAGAGUUUUAACGUUCUGCAAGAUGAACUUAACAUUAGGAACCAAAAAGUUAUAUUUUGGAAUUUUAAAAAAUCUGUGAUUAACACUUGCCUAGGAGUUAAUGAGAAUCUCAAGGAGAACUUCAGGGAAGACAGUUUACAACAAAUUAUAGAGUUCACAAAACCAGAAUCGGAGCCCAAAAAAAGUCUACUUGAUAGCAUGUCGUCUGUUACACGUUGUUGAUGUUGAAACUGUCCUUUGUCCGACCCACAGCUGAAUAGAAUAUUAGGGUCUUCCUAAACCGCUCAAAGUCAAGUAUUGUUUUAUUUAAAUAUUAAUUAUUUAAACAUAUUUUAAUAAUAAAUAAAUUUAUUUUGUUUAAUAAAAUUUUUUAUCAA